UGCCCAGAUGAAUUCAGUAUCAUAACUCAAAAGCCUUUGCAGUAGCAGUACAACAGCCAUAGUAGCGCAAUCACUAAAUUAUUACCAGCAAACAUCCGAAACAAUCAAUUCAAUAUGAAGACAAUCGUACUUUUCGCUGGACUCAUCUGUGCUUUCUGCCUCUUCCAUGCCACCAAUGCAGCGCCAGCUGAUACAACUGCUCUGGAGCUAGAGCCGGAAUUCGACCAAUUGGCCGUACUGAAUGAGGAGUCUGUGUCUGAGUUAAGUCGUCAAAAGCGCGCCACAUGCGAUCUACUUAGUGGCACUGGCGCUAAUCACAGCGCUUGUGCGGCCCAUUGCAUACUUCGCGGCAAUCGUGGCGGUUAUUGCAACGGUCGCGCUGUUUGCGUCUGUCGUAACUGAGAAGAACAAGGAGAAACUUAAAACAGUGAGAGAAAGUUGUGGAUACGCUUAUUUUUUUUUUUUAGGAUAAAACUCGAAUUUUAGUAUAUUUAAACCCAUUUAUAAUACUUAAAUCGUGAAAAUAUGUAUACUAGGAUAUACGUCUAAUGAAAAUAUUAAAAUUAUGAUAAUAAAUAUACAGUUAUAUAUUCUAUUGCAUGGCCAAAAUA